AUGCUUCGUAUUCAAUACAAUGCUCAACAAUUAUUAAGUUAUAUCAGAACAGCUGUCGAGUUACUCACUUCAAACUCAUCCAAGCUUACUGAUCUCAUGCUGCCAAAAAUCUUAAAGGAUAUUAAUCGAAUAGCCAAUGAAAGUGUUACACAUACACGAACAACAGUUGAUAAACUAUUUUCUUUACGUGAACUGAUUUCGGAGGGUUUAAUUCAAAAUUUUCUUAAUAUCAUCAAAGAUUCAAAUAAUUAUAAUUUCCACUUCGAUUCAUUGGAUCAAGAACUUGUCCUUAUCUUUCUCAUUGAAGUAGGCGAAGACAUAGAAUUACAAGCUGAUUCACUCUAUACAAUGUCUAAAUCUUACGUUGAUACUUCUUCGAAAUAUAUAAUCAACCAAAUAAAUAGUAUUAAUUUACUCAUUUUACAAACAAAUGAUGAACAAUCAUCAUAUUUGCGUGAAAUUUCUUUCAAUAUGGCUUUGAUAUCAACACAAGUCAUUCAAUUAGCUCAAGACCAACAAAAUCAAUAUAUUGUACGUAUGGAGAACCGUCGUAAAGAAUAUGAACAACUGUUAGCCCGAAUUGAUGCAAGAAAAGUUAAUAGUUAG